AAUGCAAUGACCUAUAAAUCUGUGUACCGAGAAGCUAGAACUCACCGUGCAAUCUUUGGCAUUCCACCCAGAGCUCAUAGAAGCAAUGAAAGGUAGCCUUUGCCAUGACUUCGAGACAGGCCUCCCCGCGGCGGAGGUAUGGGAGAUGUAUCGAGGUCUCCGUAUUAGCCAGGUAGUUCCUCAAUUGCUUCCCGAUAUCUUCAAAAAGGCCGAGCUUGUUGAAGGAGAUGGCGGUGUCGGGACAGUUUUGCAUCUCACCUUUUCUCAUGGGGUUGCUCCAUUAGAAUAUCAAAAGGAAAAGUUCAUCAAGAUUGACCAUGAAAACUAUGUCAAGGAGGCCAUAAUAGUAGAAGGAGGCCUUCUAGAUCAUGGAUUUCUGAAAUAUUUGAUGAGAAUUGAGAUUAUAGGGCAAAGCGAUAAAACAUCUACAAUAAGGUCAACCAUCGAAUAUGAAGUUGAUGACGAGAAGACAGGCAACACAUCCUUUGUCAGCACCAGUGCACUAGCUUGCCUAGCUGAGGCAAUCACAGAGUAUAUCAAGGCACAGAAAAGCGCCUGAGCAAGCUCGUGAAGAAACAGCAUAAGAAGAAAGCAACCCCCACCCCCAAGUGUGAAACAAGUUCAGAGAAAUUUUCUUUAUAUCUUGUUAUUCACUGUAUUACCUUUUAUAUUUCUUGGAUAAUUAUACGAUAUUGUUGCCA